ACAAUGGGCAUAUUUGGAAUAUGGCACCAAAUAUUUCUGCAUAUGAUUCAACACUCCACUUUGGUCUAACUGUGGCGCAGACUCACAAGUUCCUCCCAACGCAUUACGAGAAUGACAAAAGUAUUAGGAUUUGUCGUACUGCUGGCAUUGUCCGCAUUGAUCUGUGAAGCUGCUAUCUUCAAACCUAUCUCCGAUUCUCACCGAUCUGCUGCAUUGGAGUUGUUUACUCCAACUCAUGGGUCUUUUUCUAGUCUAGAAAAAACAUACGAAGCCUUAAGGACAUUCGAGGUUCUUGGAAUUGAAAAACAGUCUGACAUAAGGGCUUCUACAUGUACAUCAGUGGUGGACACUCUUUCAUCUUCUUCUUCAGCAUUGAAAGAUUUGUUCCAGGCAUUAAGAGUCAAUGGGAUACUGAAAUGCGAGCUUAACAAGAAAGCAUUAGCAGGCAUAGCCCCAAGACUUAAGGAUGCUGUGAACAGUGCCAGCUCACUUCUUGACUACUACUACUCAGUUGGAAGUUUAGUUCUUAUCAAGGGUCUAAGUUCUGUCGUGGAGGUACAUCUUGAAAGUGCUGAUUCAGUUUUCCGCGCCAUAAAGGCUUUCAGCCAAAGUGAUGGAAGGUGGCGCUAUAGCUCCAACAAUCCCGAGUCUAGCACUUAUGCUGCAGGAAUUGCACUUGAGAGCCUGGCUGGUAUCAUUUCAUUAGCUUCUUCUGAGAUUGAUCAAUCUUUGAUUAGCAUGGUGAAAGAUGAUAUAUCGAAGCUUUUCGAUGGUCUGGAGAAAUAUGACGAUGGGGCCUAUUACUUUGAUGAAAAACUUGUUGAUGCUCAUGGACAUCAGGGUCCCCUCUCAGCUUCGUCUGCUGUAGUGCGUGGGAUUACAGCUUUUGCCGCAGUGUCUGCUGAAAAAUUACAGCUUCCAGGUGACAAAAUUCUAGGUUUAGCAAGGUUUCUCCUUGGUGCUGGAGUUCCUGGAAAUGCAAAGGACUUGUAUUAUCAAAUUGAUGCAUUGGCUUCCUUAGAAAACAAUAGGGUCUCCAUUCCAUUGGUUUUAUCACUCCCGGCCAGUGUGCUCUCAUUGACUAGAAAGAACCAGCUUAAGGUAAAUGUAAACACUGUUCUGGGUUCUGCUGCACCUUCUCUGACAGUCAAACUCAAGCAGAUUUUUAGCUCUGGCUCAAAGGAUGCCUCUGUUAUUGAUCAGGAUCUCAAAUUUGACCAUAAAAAUGCUGUACAUUACUUAGAUGCUUUGCCCAAAGACAUUGAUGUUGGCAGUUACACUUUCUCUUUUGAGGUUUUGCUUCAUGAUUCAGAUCAUAAAACAAUCUAUGCCACUGGAGGAAGAACAAAAGUACCCAUAUAUAUUACAGGAGCUAUCAAAGUUGAUAAUGAAGAGAUUGCUGUACUUGACAAUGAUAUUGGAAACGCUGAAACUCGGAAAAAACUUGAUUUCGCUGGGGAGAAUGCCAUCUCUCUAUCAGCAAACCAUCUGCAAAAGCUACGGUUGUCAUUUCAAUUGACGUCUCCUCUUGGGCAUUCUUUUAAGCCACACCAGGCUUUCCUCAAGUUGAGACAUGAGAGCAAGGUGGACCAUAUCUUUGUGGUAGGGAAUUCUGGAAAACAAUUCGAAAUAAUACUAGAUUUCCUUGGACUAGUUGAAAAGUUUUUCUAUCUAUCAGGUAGAUAUGACAUUCAACUUACUGUCGGAGAUGCUGUAAUGGAGAACUCGUUCUUGCAACCCUUGGGUUCUGUUGAAUUAGAUUUUCCAGAGCCUCCAGAGAAGGCAGCUCGCCCACCUCCUCAAGCUGUUGAUCCUUCCUCAAGGUUUGGGCCCAAGGCAGAAAUCGCUCACGUAUUCAGGGUUCCAGAGAAAAGACCUCCUAGGGACCUUUCUUAUGCCUUUCUGGCCCUUGUUCUUCUUCCAUUCCUUGGAUUUUUGGUUGGGCUUCUGAGGCUGCAUGUGAACCUGAAGAACUUCCCAACAGCAUCAGGGCCUGCAAUGUUUGCCAUUCUUUUCCACCUCCUCAUUGCAGCUGUUUUAUCACUUUAUGUUCUAUUCUGGUUGCAGUGGAAUCUGUUCCAAACACUGAGAGUGCUUGGAUUCUUGGGGAUAUUCUUACUAUUCGUGGGACACAGAACCCUUUCACAUCUGGCGUCCACAUCUGCCAAGUUGAAAUCUGCCUGAUUUAGAUAGAUUGAUUUUGUUAACCUAUAAAUGUGAGGAAAGUGUUCACGGGAAAGAGGCUAGCUAUCUUCAAUCUUUUUGUAGGACAAAUUAUUUGUGAUAUAACUAUAUCGGAUAUCUAGUCCACAGAUUGUGAAAAAUUCAAUUUUGCUGUUUUACCUUGCAAGUAGUAGUAUGUUGAUGUUGAGGUGCCUAUCGU